UGGGGACUCCCCGAAAAGAAGAUGGCUACGGCUUGAGCCAUUGGAUUCCAGUUAAAGGAAAACUUUCUGUGCGGUCUUUUUUAACAAAACUGUGUAUAAAUAUAUAGAUCACAGCCACUUCGGGGCGCUCUGAGCAACUUAACUUUUGAACAAUUUCAUGACAUGAACUAAGCCUGACAUUUCUAAUUCACGGAAGCCUGCGGUCUAACUUAAGUUUGGAAUGCUAUAACUUUAAACUUUUUCUUUUUUGCUUUCUAUCAAAACUGCAUUAACCUCUAUCACUUUAGUCUUUAGUGAGCUGCACUUAAUAUAGAGACAAUGGGAGUCGCUUAGUCACUUCCUUGUUUGGUCACGUGAUGUGAGUAAGCCAUCACUAGGCUGCUACACACAACAAAAGAUACUUCAUCAGUGCUUCCCCAAUGUCAUGUUAAUUAAAAAGUUUACCUUUCGUAAUAUUAUGGAAUACACGCGUUUUUUAAAUGAAAUCCAUAAAUGUGACAAUAAAUAUACGUCAGUUAUGAUUAAAGGAAGAAAGUUACUUCAAGAAAAAUUUGUGAGCGAUAUUCGAUGGGAACUAUCAAUACUAUUAUCGGCAGGAUGUUGUUGAGCUCCGUGCAUGCUCAUGACGUCAUUUGCGUUUUUAUUCAAUAUUGAUGCAGGAGUCAUUCCCCUUUGUUUAUUUUAUUGUUAAUUUUCAUUGGACGAAAUGUAGUGUAGUUGUAGUGUGUAUCGGGCUACUGUUGUCAAGCACUAGUGUGUUGUAUACAGUAUACCGGAAAUCUUACUCGUUUUACUCACAUCACGUGACAAAAUAAUUGACUAAGCGACUCCCAUUCAACACCAAAUUUUUACAAUUUAACAUUUUCGUUAAGUGCCAAGUGAGUUAGUCAAAGGUAAAGGGCAUUUAAAUAAGCAUUGAUUACAAUUUUACGAAAUAUAAGUACUGGCUCUGCUUUUCCAUACUUAAAACUAUAAGUAGACACCGUCUCAUUAAAAUCAUCUAAACCAUUAUGGUGGUUAUUUUAGAAGUUUUGGGGGCGCAAAAAGAUCAUAAAGAUCAUUUCACUUAGAGCUAUUUAAUAUACUGAACUCUAAUGCGUUUUGAAAAGGAAGUGAUGUCAUUAUGCAGGUUUUAAUGUAACAGAUAAAGCUAACAUAUGUGGGUCAUGAGUAACUCAACAGAUGACUUUAAACAUACGUGAGUCAUGAGUAACUCAACAGAUGACUUUAAACAUACGUGAGUCAUGAGUAACGCAGCGGAUAAAGUUCAACAUAUGAGAGUUUUUAUCUCUCGUGUUGUGUGACUUCAGGCAUAUUACAAGGGCAUACAAUGCUUUCUUUUCAGAUUUGUCAAUACUAUUAAUGUAAAUUUAUAUAUUGUUCAUAAAAUGAUCACAUCACUAGCGUUAUAUUUGUAAUCGUGUCCCCCCCCAGGCCGUAGUUUGAAGACCCCUGACACAACUAAACAGGGUGCCCCCCCCCCCACACACACACACAUCCACCUACACAAAAAGUGUGAGAACAUCUCCCAGCUAAGGGUAAUUUAUUAUAAUUGAAUCAACAUAUAUAUUUUUGGUCAUACAGCUGUAUGUCAAACAUAGCGCUAAUCAGAAAACAUGUCAAAUUUGUCAUCCCCCCACCCAUUCCCCCACCCAUUCCCCCGAACUGCUUCUCAACAACUUUUUUGUCACCGCUGUCACCGCUCGUUUUUAGCACUUCGGAUGCUAAUCAGAAAACAUGUCAAAUUUGUCAUCCCCCCACCCAUUCCCCCACCCAUCCCCCCACCCAUCCCCCCACCCAUUCCCCCACCCAUUCCCCCACCCAUUCCCCCGAACUGCUUCUCAACAACUUUUUUGUCACCGCUGUCACCGCUCGUUUUUAGCACUUCGGACACUGUCAAAGUGAGUCGCUUUUUAAACGACUCCGGUCUAUUCACACCUUUAAUUCGAGUGACGGCAGGCUGCCUAGGAGUCAUUUUGAGAGAACACCUGUAUAACAUCAAUGAACAGGCCCUCUCUGUCCAGUUUCCAAACAUUUCAACAACAGUGCUGACCAUGAUGGAAUUUUAGACACUGCAGUUACUGGUACACUGCAUGCAAGUGAUACACCUGACAGAAUUUAUAUGAAUAAUAAAUGAAUAACAAGAUUUGGUGCCUUGAUUCCAUACGGUGUAAAACCAAACUCAAAAUGUCACAUAGAUGUCACAUAGAUGUCACAUAGAUGUCAUGGCCUGUUUCCUGUUUGUCCCCUUCGCUUUUUUUUUUUUUUCUUUUUUUUUUUCUUCCAUUUAAUUUCUUUUUGUUCUUUUUAACUUUUUUUUUUAUUAUAGAUGUCAUGGCCUGUUUCCUGUUUGUCCCCUUCGCUUUUUUUUUUUUUCUUUUUCUUUUACUUCCAUUAAAUUUCUUUUAGUUCUUCUGAACUUUGUUUUUUAUCAGAGACUUGCACCUACUCUUAAUCAUUUCUCCCAUUUUUAAGGAGGUUACAUGUAUAUUCAUAUUAUCUAAAUUCAAUAUAAACUUAUUCAAGUAUUUAUUUUUAUUUUUAUUUUUUUUUAUGUACUGAUGAGGCAUUUGCCGAAACGUUAAAAUUUGUAUCCUGUAUGAUCAGUAUGAAAACUAAACAUAUAUUGUUGAUUUACACAAAAUGUUUGUGUCUAAUUUAUAUACUUGCAAUAAAAUGAAUUGGUGAUUGUAACAAUAUCAACAAGCAGCACUCAUAAACAUUCCGCUAAUACACAUCUCAAUAAUAAGUAUGCCGCUAAUACACAUCCAGCUAAUAAACAUCGCACUAAUACACAUUUCACUACUACACAUACAACGAAUACAUAUACCAAAAAUACACAUCCAACUUAUACAUAAUUAGCUAAUACAUGAUUCGCAAGUACAUAUUCCACUAACACAUAUCCCACCAAUACACUUCUCACUAAUACAUGUUUCACUAAUACACAUUCGACUAAUACAAAUCCCACUAAUACGUGUCCUUAAUAAUACAGGGGCAAACACUACGCAUCCAACCAAAUCAUGUUCCCUUUAUUCACAUCCCACUAACACAUAUGCCAGAAAUACUACACAUCCAACCAAUACAUAUGCCAGAAAUACUACACAUCCAACCAAUACAUAUGCCAGAAAUACUACACAUCCAACCAAUACAUAUGCCAGAAAUACUACACAUCCAACCAAUACAUAUGCCAGAAAUACUACACAUCCAACCAAUACAUAUGCCAGAAAUACUACACAUCCAACCAAUACAUAUGCCAGAAAUACUACACAUCCAACCAAUACAUAUGCCAGAAAUACUACACAUCCAACCAAUACAUAUGCCAGAAAUACUACACAUCCAACCAAUACAUAUGCCAGAAAUACUACACAUCCAACCAAUACAUAUGCCAGAAAUACUACACAUCCAACCAAUACAUAUACCAAAAAUACACAUCCCACUUAUACAUGUGUCGCUAAUACACAUUCAACUAAUACAUAUCCCACUAAUCCAAUUCCCACUAAUACAUGUGUCACGAAUACACAUCCCACUAAAUCGUAUGCCACUAAUACAAAUUCUACUUAUACAUAAUCGACUAAUACACAUCCCGCUAAUACACAUGCCACGAAUGCACAUCCCACUAACACAUAUACCACUAAUACACAUUCUACUUAUACAUUAUCGGCUAAUACACAUCCUACUAAUACAUAUAUUGCUAAUACACACCCUACUAAAACAUAUGCCACUAAUACACAUGCCACUAAUACAUAUACCGCUAAUACACAUCUCACUAGCACAUAUGCUACUAAUACACAUCCCGUUAAGACAUAUGUCGCUAAUACACAUCCCGUUAAGACAUAUGUCGCUAAUACACAUCCCGUUAAGACAUAUGUCGCUAAUACACAUCCCGUUAAGACAUAUGUCGCUAAUACACAUCCAACUAACACAUAAUGGCAAAAAACACAUCUCACUAUUACAUAUGCGUCUAAUACACAUUCCACUAAUAAAUAUGCAAAUAAACACCUUCCACUAAUAAACAUCGCACUAAAACAAAUGCCACUAAACACAUUCCACUAAUAAACAUCCUACUAAAACAAAUGCCACUAAACACAUUCCACUAAUAAACAUCGCACUAAAACAAAUGCCACUAAACACAUUCCACUAAUACAUAUGCCACUAUACGCACACCACUAAUAAACAUUACACUACUAGACAUGCCACUGAUACAUUUGCCCCUAACACAUAGUCCACUAAUACACAUUCCACUAAUACACAUUCCACUAAUACACAUUCCACUAAUACACAUUCCACUAAUACACAUUCCACUAAUACACAUUCCACUAAUACACAUUCCACUAAUACACAUUCCACUAAUACACAUUCCACUAAUACACAUUCCACUAAUACACAUUCCACUAAUACACAUUCCACUAAUACACAUUCCACUAAUACACAUUCCACUAAUACACAUUCCACUAAUACACAACCCGCCGAUACACACGACUCAUUUCUCUACUUCCAGGUUUGGGCUUCUGACCCGUCAUGAGCCGUACAAUCAUUACACCUCUGCGUGAGCUGCCAAGACAUGGAAGGCAGCAGCGACCUGAAGCUCAGAACGCUCCUCUGCCUGUUUGGUCUGGCCUGCAUGUCACAGUGCGUCGGUCACACAAACAAGUCUCGACCCUCAACAGUGACAUCUGGUAAACAUGGCCUUGUCCAGAGGUUCAAGUCUGAUCAUUGCCAGAUGCUGGAGGAGGCAUCAAAUUUGAAGCGGGGUGCACCAGCUUCAAAAUCUUAUGGAACCUGUUACCAGAUUCAGAGAUUUCGUUCUGAAUUUUUCUCCUGCCCAACUCAUAGUUACGGAAAGUUACAUUUCCAUGUAUGUAGAUCUAUGAAGUCGUGCGGGGUUGAAAUCAGGAAUGUUCGCAGGUUAUUUUCAAAACAUUCAAAAAUGGUUGAGAAACGUCAUGAAAGAGAAGACCAACAUGAAGAUGAUGUGAUUUCUGAGCCGUCCGCGACACAAGUGUCAAUGGCUGACAGAACACCAAAGACGACUGCUAGCUUCUGCGACAGCAGCACACCGUUGAGCUCCUCGGAUCUGUUCAAUCUGUGGAUCAGUUUGUGUGAUACGAUAUGGUGUAACUCUAAAAAACUUCCCACGGCUCUGACUUCUGAUCUGCGUCGCAUACGACUGCUCUUCUGUAUAAUUAUCUUAUGUUACGCCCUGAGCACAGUUACCUCCAAAUUUACAGUUAAAACUGAUCAAACUUUAUCCUUGAAACCAAUUUGGAGACCGGAUCAUUUGAGUGCUGCGAUGUUUGAUGCUUCGCCGAAAAUGAUUUCCGGGAAAUACGUGAAUGUAAAGCGGCAGUGUUUCUAUGACUGGUUGUUUUUACCAUUCCGGGAAGUCGGUCCUCUGAAAGACUUGAUUGUUUUACCUGUCUUGGAGAUGAAAAGGCUCGCGUCCUUUCGAGCUUUGUCUUAUGCCGAAAUUCCAGAUUCCAUGUUCUUCACAAAAUUGGCGGAAGCUGGAUUCUUCUACACGGGGACAGGCAACGAGGUCACAUGCUGUGGGUGUCGUAGCACUCUAACCGUGGCGUCGAUAGGGUCUGAUGCUUCAGACCCUAGGUACCACAGGGAGAGCUGUAGGUUUGUCACCGGUACAGAACUGGCAGGUCAUCCUGUGGUCAUCGUGUCUCAGCCUGAUGAUGGGUUCCAAGAGGCGGGGACUGAAGAUACUUUUGGAUAUGCAGAAAAUGAAAGCAAGUUUGAUCCUUCCCGAGAGCUUGGUAAUAGCUUACUGGGUAUUGAAAAAAAAUAUUUUUGGUAACCAAGUCAAGUACAUUAAUUUAGUAAUGGAUGUUAUGCUAUAAGUGGUAAAAUUAUAUAUGCCUUUUCAUACGAAAUAGUUAACAUUGAUUUUUUUUUUGCUAUGACUUUGAGGGAUUCUAGUUAACCAAAACUCACCGAUAAGCUGAUUAGCUCAAACUUUAGAUAACUAUUAUAUAAUUAUGUGCUCUGUUGUAGCAUAAGUGUAACCAGCGUAAAGAAUUUCCUCGGAGAUGAUCCAUGUAGGAAUUAAAUUGAGAUCAUACCCAAGUAAACGCUAGCGAUGUGCCAGGUUUGUGGUCUCAGAGGCAGCUCAAUAUUCCGUCGCAUGCGAGGUGCAGAAGAGGAUUCAAAGAUAUUAAAUUUCAUAGGCGUUCGGCUAACGGGAUUUCACUGCGAGGUUUUGUUUACUUUUCCGCUCCAUCCUCAUGCGGCAGAUUAAUGUGUUGGGCAACUAUAGCUUUGGGGUGGCACGGCUGAUGUGUUGGGCAACUAUAGCUUUGGGGUGGCACGGCUGAUGUGUUGGGCAACUAUAGCUUUGGGGUGGCACGGCUGAUGUGUUGGGCAACUAUAGCUUUGGGGUGGGACGGCUGAUAUGUUGGGAAACUAUAGCUUUAGGGGUGGCACGGCUGAUGUGGUGGGCAACUAUAGUUUUGGGGUGGCACGGCUGAUGUGUUGGGCAACUAUAGCUUUGGGGUGGCACGGCUGAUAUGUUGGGCAACUAUAGCUUUAGGGGUGGCACGGCUGAUGUGUUGGGCAACUAUAGCUUUGGGGUGGCACGGCUGAUGUGUUGGGCAUCUAUAGCUUUGGGGUGGCACGGCUGAUGUGGUGGGCAACAACAGCUUUGGGGUGGCACUACUGAAUUGAGACAAGUUGUUCUUUAAUGUGGUUUUCAGAUCUAAUGUAUUAGCUAAUCAUUGAAGGACUGCCUUCAAGCGGUGUAAACGAAAUAGUUGAACAAGAUUUGUUCCGGCUGGGUGGCUGACCUUAGGAUGGCUAAGUGACCCACUUCUCGUCAACCUAUCGAACUGCAACUUGGCACAUAGAAUUCUUUGCCGAUGACACCACCUUCUACCAAAUUUUCAGUCACACCCCCAACCCCCCCAAAACCAUUUUUUUUUUCAUUUUUUCAAAGGGAAUAUGAAGGAAAUAUAAUUCCCCUGAUUUCACGAAAUAAAAUCCCCGAUAACUGCGGUCAAUUUAGAUUAUAAACAAAAACUAUCUUACGUAAGUUUGGUAUGUAUUAUUUUCUUUUGUUUUUUUUUUAAAGGAAAUAGUUGGUGUAGUAAAUCUGCGGUGUAAAAGCGGAUGGGACAUUAGAAUAUGAAUACAUAAUAAAUUAAUAAAAUACAUAUAAAGGAUUUAUAUGGAAAAACUUUAUGUUUAAGGGUUGUUUAAUUACGUUAUCACUUUUUUGCCCUUGCAUUUCUUUUUAACAUUGUAUACGUAUUUUUACUUUUUAAAACAAAAAAAAGCCAAAAACGUUUUUCCAUGCCAGAUUUUCCUUACAAUUCUUAGCGCCAUCUCACGCCCGAAGGUUUCAGCGCAACCUGUCGUCGUCAUCCACGUCCAGCAACUCGUCCGGCUAUUCAUCGGCCAGCAUUUCAUCGCCGCCGUCAAGACGAGGAUCACACGUGAUAAACCAGGAGUCGGGUGAGUAACAUGAGGGGGGGGGGCAUUGCACUCUGGUUACUGUAAGGCAUCUAAUUGUGUACACAUAUUUAUGAGGUUCACAGGUAAGAAAAGAAAAAUACAGCUUUUAAUUUUUAAUGUAAAUCUAAAACUAUUUUAUUUCGAACGUUUCUAGUCCAUCAAAUUAUUUUAUUUUCAAUUUCUGUUCAUAUAUAACUAUUAAAAAAAUAUAUAAUAUUUCGAGGUGUGUAGUGGGUGUUUGGUAGAAAACAGAGUUCGAUCUAACCGGAAGUAUAAAUCAAAUAUUUGUUAAAUCUGGAAUUUAGAAGAAAUAUAUAACUAUAAGUGUAUGUUAACUUGCGAGUGCUUUCUUUCUUUUUUCGAAGAAGAAAAUUACAUACAUCAUUUAUAGGAGCCAAAAUGAUCAAUAAAUUGAUCGUGGGCCCUUAAGAUAUAGAAGAAGAAGAAGAAGAAAUACGUUUGUCUUCUUUACCUUCCUUCAUUAUAAUUUAUAAGAAGUAUUUAUACAUACAUUUCUAGAACUACUAGAAAAAUAUUUUCAGUAAGCGAGAAUCAACAAAGUCAGACUGCCACAUCUGCCAACGGUGCAACACUCCCCGCCGGCGCGACUAAUCACUCCAACGGACAAGAGGCACCCGGGAGACUGAUUCUGACCAACCCAUCAUAUCCGGUUUACAUUGCCAAGCAAAAGAGACUCGAGAGCUUCGCGAACUGGGCGGCCGGUCACAUUCACACCCCCGUCGCCCUGGCGUCUGCUGGGUUCUUUUAUGCUGGUAUGAAACUAAGUUUUACAUUAAUAGUACUUUUUUAUGUAAAGUUAUGGCAAUAUCUGUUUGUUUUCUAAUUUGUUUCCAGAUAAAUUUUAAUAUGUUCGAUAAACAUUGGACCAAAAAUUGGAUUUCUUGCUUUUCAGAAAUUUUCUAAGAUCCUGAUAAAUAAAAGAAGUCGGUUGUAUAAAAUUGCUAUUUAUUUUUUUCAAAUACCUGUUAUGGCUCUAAAUUCAAAAUUCUUAUUUUAUUAGCCUCCUUGUAGUUAUAUCAGAUGAACCAAUGAUCAGUAAAUGUGUGGUCAGUAAAUGCCGGUGUGGUCGGUAAAUACCUGUGUUGUCAGGUAAAUGCCGGUGUCGUCGGUAAAUGCCGGUGUGGUCAGUAAAUGCCGGUGUGGUCGGUAAAUGCCAGUGUGGUCAGUGAACGCCUGUGUCUUCCAACAGGGUAUGGUGAUUGCGUCCGAUGUUUCCAGUGUGGCCUCGGUCUGAGAUCUUGGAAGCCGGGCGAUGACAUCAACGAAGAACACGAGAGGCAUCGGCCAUCUUGUCCGUUUCUACGAGUGCAGAAAAACAACAGCUCCACGACCACAAGUCUCGGCGCGAGUUCAUUGAGCCGUGGAGCAGGUCACCCCGCCAACAGAGGUGUGUGACGCUGGCAGUAAUGUAACCAAGGAAAAUAACGAUACAUUACAAUUUUGCAUUGAGUAUUUUUACAAACAUUAUAAUAAAAAAAAUAUGUUCUUGCCAUUAAAUCUAUAUUUUAGAUUGUAUUGUCUUCUUUAUAAAAAAAACAAACGUUGCAUUUCAAAGCAAUCUCUUGUGGGUCAUAGUUAUUCUAAUUGGUGAUCCGAAGCCCUUUGACGCCGCCCCACAAAAGAUAAACAUUUUUUUUUAAUAUCAAAAGAGUUACCUAUUACAAUACAUCUCGCUCUCCUCAACAAAAUGGAGAAACUCUGCCAGUCCGCCAAAAAUGAUGCAUUCAAUAAUGUUACUUUCAACAUGAAUGUCCUCUCUUGUAAAAAAAAAAAAAAAAAAUAAAUGGAGAAACUCUGCCAGUCCGCCAAAAAUGAUGCAUUCAAUAAUGUUACUUUCAACAUGAAUGUCCUCUCUUGUAAAAAAAAAAAAAAAAAAACAACAACAACAAAAAAAAGCCACCAAGCCAUUUCCUAAAUGACAUGAAUAAAUAACUUUAAGGGCUUGUAAACAAUAAGCAAUGAUAAUGGUUUUGUUACUUGUUUUUUGUUGUUUUUUUUCAGCGGGGAAUUCAAGCAAUCAUGAGCACGAUGUCAGCACUGCGACCUUGACCUCAGAAGUUGAUGAGAGUCGAGGUAGGCAAACAGUGACCCCGCAACAAGCAAGCAAUGCCAGGGAAAAAGUCAUCAGAUCAUCCCGUGGUGAGAGUAGUGGCUACAAUCUCUAGGUCCUUCUCGUUUUAUUUUAUGUAGCGAAUAUUUAAAUGAAAAUAAAAAUCCCGAUUCAUUAGCUAUAAUAAAAAUUCCAGGAACAUUUAAAUUUAAAAAAAAAAUCUAUAUAUAUAAAAUCAUGUAUAAAUCUGGUUGCAGUUCUGUUAUUGAGCAAAGCAAAGUCAUAAAUAUUACAAUCCAUUUAAAAAUAAUUUUUAACAAUUAAAAAUUACCUAUUUUUUAAUAUUUAUUCAUUUUACAGCCUUAAGUAAACAUCGGUUUCAAAUUGAAUAAACCAAGAUAAUGUCUUACUCACAUAAAUCAAUAAAAAUCGUGCAAUCAAUGCAAUGUUAUCUUAUCAGUAGAAGGCCUGCCUAAGGAAAUUAUUGUAUUAUAUCAUAUCUGAACAUAAAAGAAAACAAAAUACAUUAUAACAACAUUAUAGUUAAGCGUUAAAUUUUAAAAAAUAAUAAUCACCAAAUUUUAAAUAAUAAUGAAUCGAAGUCACAGGAAGAAUAUAUAAUUUUAAAGAAAAUAAUUUAAAAAAAAAUAGAUUACUGUUAACUUAUACUUUUGCCUAUGAUGAUCCCAUUUUAUUAUUGAAACGCUUGUAUUUUAUCUUUUCUUUUUUUUGUUUUCGUUCUCAUUUGUCUGUUUGACAAUUUCUGAAACGAAAGAUCCCGCCGAGAACGUGGCUAUAAAUGCGCUCCAGCGAGAAAAUGAAACUCUCCUACUCCAAAUGAUGUGCAAGAUAUGCCUCACUGCUCCCAUCAGAGAUCUCUUCCUGCCGUGUGGCGAUCUCUACGCUUGCACAGAGUGUUCCAAACAGCUGACCCACUGUCCAGCGUGCAACAAACUCAUCCUUGCCACUGUCACCACUUAUUUUUCCUAAUUACAAAACGAAAUGGUAAUGUGGUAUGAGAGUGCUAAUGCCAGGGGCAACACUAUUUCAAGGCUUUGCUAUUUCCGGUUGUCACUUUACUUUCAUCAGUAAGACAUACACGCAGCAUAGAGAAAUACGGAUAAUACAAACAAAGAAAGGGUGGAUUUUUUGGAUAAAAAGCCUUCGACAGCAAAAUUACAGAGACAGACAAACUUAGCUGAUACAGAUCAUUUAUCCGCUGUAUUGUAUUGUCUUUUGUAAUCUGUUUUUUUCUCCCACCAAUGUAUAUUUAAUUUCUUAUUGCUUUAACCUGAAUGCCGCUAUGGCCGUGUUUCACUUGCGCUUUCAAUAGGCUGCAUGAUUAACUUUGCCAAGACUUAUACGCAGAGUAGUUCAGUAUAAAAGGAAUGUCCAUUUGCAAAGUAUUAAAACUAAAGUAUGAUACUAUCUGUCCUCAGUUUCUCAAUAGCUCUGUUUCAUGUUUAAAACGAGAAAAGCACUUCGGAACGAUAUGAUAAGUUAAAUAAUCUCCAUUCUUUUGCGACGAGAGUUUAACGGGACCUAAAACAACAACAAUUGAAAUUGACCUCUAACGCGAAAUUAAGUUUAACAUUUUAAUCUUCCUUAACAUAGAGGGCGAGUGCAUCCUUUUUUAAUCCAGUGCAUGUAAAAAAAAAAAGUUUCUCGUCAUUGAAAACAAUUGUUUACAUAAAAGCUGUUUUAUUACGUAGAGUGUUGGGUUUACUAUUAUUGUGCUGUUGUUGUUGUUGAUGUUGAUGUUGUUGUUGUUGAUGAUGUGGUUGUUGUUGUUUUUAAUCUUUCACAAUCAGAUCUCUAAAAAAUGUUCCAUUUGCUGUAAAAUAUUUAUUAAAUGUAGAUGUUAAAACUUUGUUAACUGUCAAUAAUUUCAAUGUAUACAUACACACAUGUAUCUCUUCCGUCUUAUAUAUUUUAAAUGUGUUUUUGUUACAUUUAGCUAUACAUGGUUUAAUAUAUAUAAACACGCAAUGCCCAGUCUUCAAUACAGAUUAUUCCGCAUUAAAAUGUGUAUGAUAUUUGUGCAACUUUUUCAUGGUCAUUUGUUGUAUUUAUUUUACUGUUGUAUAUUUUGCUAUUUAAAUUUUAAAAUUCAAUUCAAACAAAUAAUGUAAAAACAGAAAGAACAAAGAGAAUCCUGUGAUAAGAAAUGUGUACUAUUUGUAAAUCAACAAAACUUUGCUGAAAUAGAUUUUUGUCACAUUUCUGCAUUUACUGUUUUUUUGUCAUUUUAAUUGCUGGUUUCAUUUAUAUUGCUGCCUUUAAGCAAUUUUUUAACGGCAUUCAUUUUAUUCGUAUAUUAAAUUAUAUGGCUGUACC